CGUGGAAAAAGUCCUCUCUGAUUAGGGUUUCAGCUUUUCCAUCUCCCUCCAUCCGCUUCAAUUUCCGCCCCCCUGAAUCCUCGGGUUACAAGUCCCGUUCCCGCUACCUCGGUUCGACAUUCUUUAUUCCUUUCCGAGCUUCGUUUAGGCUCACCGACAUUGUUUACGUCUGCAUGGUAUACGUGCUAUGGAGUCUCUGAAGAAUGUGUUGGCUUCAAAGGAAGGAGCUGGUGGAUCAGUCGCGUCCACUGGUGGAGGGACUAGCGAGGAUGGGACCUUCAGUUUUGGAUUUUCGCAACUGCGAGGGAAGCGUCUGUUCAUGGAAGAUUUCCAGGAUGCGCGGAUAGCGAAGGUCGGCGAUCAAAUUAUUGGACUGUUCGGUGUCUUCGACGGCCAUGGCGGCUCUCGUGCGGCCGAGUAUGUUAAGGAGCAUUUGUUCAAGAAUCUCAUUGACCAUCCAGAGUUUGCCACCAACAUCAAACAAGCAAUCUCGGAGACGUUCAAGCGGACGGACGACGCGUACCUGAGCACGGACAACGGGCAGAACCGUGACGCGGGUAGCACGGCGUCGACGGCGGUGCUGAUGGGCAAGAAGCUGCUCGUGGCCAACGUCGGAGACUCCAGGACAGUCGUCUGCAGAAAGGGUCAAGCAACCCCGCUCUCCAAGGAUCACAAGCCGAACCGGGUGGACGAGAAGGAACGUAUUGAGCAAGCGGGUGGAUCCGUCAUGUGGGCAGGAACGUGGCGAGUGGGUGGCGUUCUUGCCGUCUCUCGCGCGUUUGGAGACAAGCUACUCAAACGAUACGUCGUUGCCGAGCCUGAGAUCGAGGAGUACGAUGUCACCCCUGAGGACGAGUUCCUUGUGCUGGCCAGCGACGGCCUCUGGGACGUCGUCAAAGACCAGGAUGCGAUCAACAUGGUGCAGCAGACGCUGGACGCGGAGGAAGCAGCCAAGUUCCUGACGCAGGAGGCGUACCGCCGCGGCAGUGCGGACAACAUCACCUGCGUUGUCGUGCGCUUCCUUCACGUGCAGGACGCUGCUGCCAACCACUAGAUGCUGCUGCGAUGCGACCUGUCACGGGCGUUGGGCCGUUGGGGCAUUGAGGCACUGGGGCGAGUGCCGCAGAGCACGGACACUUGUAGUGCAGGGGUGUAGGGUCCAGCCUGGCCGCUAGAGCUUUUACUGUGUACGGUAGUGCAGCGGACAUGUAGUAGUAGUGGUGCUCACUCACUCUCGUGAUCGUCCUUCGUUCUCUCUCCUGCCUCCCCGUUGCACCUCGUUCAUUAUCACUCGCAUGCCCUCGCUCUUCCCCGAGCCUUCCCUCUCUCUCUCAUUCGCUCCUUCCCUCUCACACAAAUGCGCUGAAGCAAGCAGCAGCAGCAGUAGCAGCAGCAGCAGAUUGGUCUCCAUCACGACACGAGCAAGCGAAACGUGACGGCAUAAGAUGGUUGCGAGCAAAGCUUGAGUGGGUGGGUAGCACCGGGCAGGUCAAAAAGUUAUCACGCACGUGUAGCUCUGGACUGGAGGAGUGGCGUGGCAAGGGGCAGAGCAGGGUUGAACGGGGCAAGUUGUUUUUUAUUUCCUAUCCUUUUUCCCCUGCUUGAAUGGUGGUAACCUAUGCAAUUGCAGGCACUGGCAGGACUGUUAGUCCUGGGUCCUCUCGGUGAGAUCAGGAAGGGUGGGAGUGGGUAAGGGUGAGCGUGAAUUGUUUGCUUGAAUGGUAAUUCCUUGGCACUGGGCAACUGUCUUGCCGUUAGAGUCAUCACUGGUGCUGGUGUUUCCUUAUUUUGGAAUUUAACACGGCACUCGUUGAAUGUUCAGAUACAUAUUGUGAUGCACUAGUUAUGCAACUAUAGUA